AUGGCAUCCACGAAGAACAUCCAGCAGCUGACGCUCUCUGAGGAGGAGGCAGGCUCGUGCGCCUUACAGCUAGCUAGCAGCUGCGCUCUCCCCUUCACCCUCGAGGCCGCCAUCGAGCUGCGGCUACUCGACAUCAUCGUCGAGGCCGGCCCGGGCUCCAUGUUGAGCCCGGUUGAGAUCGUUGCCCGGCUGCCGACCGAGAACCCGCAGGCGGCCACGAUGGUGGACCGAAUGCUCCGCUUGCUCGCCGCCAACACUGUCGUCAGCUGCACCGUCCAAACUGGAGCCGAUGGCCGCCCAACGAGGAAGUACGGCGCAGCUCCCAUCUGCAAGUACCUGACCAAGAACGAGGAUGGUGUGUCCAUGGCUGCUUUGGCUUUGUUGCUGCAGGAUAAGAUCUUUGUGGAUACAUGGCACUAUUUGAAGGAUUCGGUCCCGGAGGGUGGCAUCACUAUUAAGACUGCCCACGGGAUGUUCCUGUUCGAUUACACGAGUUCUGACACCCGCACAUCAAGGGGGAUGUUACAAGUUGAGCACAUCAGCGGAUACAUGUUUGAAGCUGUUCCGAUCGGAGAUGCCAUCUUUUUGAAGUGGGUUCUUCAUGACUGGAGUGAUGAAGAUUGUGUGAAGAUAUUGAAGAAUUGUUGGAAAGCAUUGACAGAAAACGGGAAAGUGAUUGUGGUGGAAUGCAUACUUCCAAUUGUGCCGGAGCCAACUGCAAAAGCCCAAGCUGUUUUCCAGUUCGACGUCUACUUGAUAGUUUGCACCAAUGGAGGAAGAGAGAGAAGUGAGGAGGAAUUCAAGGACUUGGCAAGAGAAGCUGGGUUUCCGGGAUUCAAAGCUGCUCAUGUGUUUGCGGAUACUUGGGUCUUGAAAUUCACCAAGUAG